AUGACCGAAAUCAACUUCAUCAAAUCCUAUCUGGCUUCACUGGACUCCCGUCCGGUCAAGCUCCCGGCCGAUUAUGUCUUCGAUCCCGAGCGAGUCGGGCUCCGUGUCCCAUACCUCCUCCCCCGUCUACAGCCGCCCCGCCCGGAAAUGCCCAAGAAAGUCAAGCCCACCAUGGCCCCGGGGUCCUCGAAGUCGAUCACAGUCCGCCUGAAGUCCGCGCGCAACCCCGCCCUCGAAUUCACCAUUUCGAAUGCGCCUCUCGCCACGACAUCUGUCCAGGACCUUAAAGAUGCCGUGCAGGCUCGUGUGGUCGAUGCGCAGGACGGCGCCGUGCCCGUGGAUAAGAUCAAGAUUCUCUACAAGCGCAAGCCGGUGGCGGGGAAGACGAUCGCCGAGAUCUUGUCCGACGAGCCCGAGAUGCUGUCCGGUGGAAAGGAGGUGGAGUUUGGAGUGAUGAUUAUGGGCGGUGCGAAGGUGGUCGAAGCGGAGACGACGACGAGUGCCCCUGAGCAGCAGGAUGCUGCGGCGGCGAAAGCGGCUGUUGGACCCAGUGGGGAGACUUUGUUGGAGACGGAGGCCUUCUGGAAUGAUCUUGAAGGCUUCCUGGAACAACGGCUGAAGGAUACAGAGGAAGCGGCGAAAUUGAGGACGUUGUUUAAGGGUGCGUGGGCUUCGAGUCGGUGA